UGCUAAAAAUAAGUUGGCAGCACUUAACGGCCAAUAAUAUAAUUGCACAUAAUCUUAAACACAGGACUUUAGAAAUCUUCGGCGAAGGACAUCAAGGGAUGCUGAGGAGGAUGAACACUAUAAGUGGUCAAAAUCUGGCUGCUGUGGUCAAGGAGCUGGAGAACUAUGCUCCGACUUCAUGGGCGGAGAAGUGGGACAACGUGGGACUCCUGAUUGAACCGCACCGCGAAAAACAAAUCAAGCAAAUACUAUUAACCAACGACUUAACCGAGCCCGUACUGAAAGAAGCGUUGGAGAAGGAGGCGCAGCUCAUAAUCAGCUAUCAUCCUCCCAUUUUUAAGCCCCUGACAAGAAUUACGCAGUCACAUUGGAAGGAGCGCGUGGUGGCCGCAUGCUUGGCCAACGAUAUAGCCUUGUAUUCGCCGCAUACGGCUUGGGAUAAGAAGAGCGGUGGGGUCAACGACUGGCUAUCUAAGGCAGUAAAUGUCCUCAGCAUCCGCCCUCUGGAACCGGAGUUGGGUGCUCCCCCGGGUACCGGAUCCGGAAGAUAUAUUGAAACCAAAAUGGAACUUAUCCAGGUGGUGGAAUCUUUGCAAAAGCGCAUUGAAAACAGCGUGCAUGUUGCUCUAGCUGUGGGCCACAAUCCCAAGACAGUCAUCCAAUCCGUCGGCAUAUGUGCCGGCUCUGGAGCAUCUGUGCUAAAGGGUAUCCAAGCUGAUCUUAUCAUUACCGGCGAAAUGUCCCAUCACGAAGUUUUGGAGUUUACGCACAACAAUACAACCGUUCUUCUCUGCAAUCACAGUAAUUCGGAAAGGGGAUUUCUCCAUGAGUUUUGCCCUAUGUUGGCCAAAUCUCUUAAUAAACAAUGCAUCGUAUUUGUAUCUGAAGUGGAUAAGGAUCCCCUGGUCACCGUGGGUAGCGAAAUAAACAAAGACCUUAGCGCUUUUGUUGACGUCUACAAACAGUAAGCAGAGCAUAUCAGCACAACCGCAACGUGAAAUUGUUAGGUUGAACUUGAAACUUGUUAUCCUAAAAGAAAUUUUGUUUGUUUAACAAUACAUUUUCUGGCAUCCAUAAAGAUUACAAAUAAACUAAAGGAUUUAACUUUCUUAA